AUGUCUGGUCGUGGCAAGGGAGGCAAGGGACUCGGAAAGGGUGGCGCCAAGCGUCAUCGCAAGGUUCUGCGUGACAACAUCCAAGGCAUCACGAAGCCUGCCAUCCGUCGUCUUGCUCGUCGCGGUGGAGUCAAGCGUAUCUCCGGUCUCAUCUACGAGGAAACUCGUGGUGUCCUGAAGGUGUUCCUCGAGAACGUCAUCCGAGAUGCCGUCACCUACACCGAACACGCCAAGAGGAAGACCGUCACGGCCAUGGACGUCGUCUACGCCCUCAAGAGGCAGGGACGUACUCUGUAUGGUUUCGGCGGUUAG